UCAGUGUGUGUAUGUUGUGGGCGGAUAUGAGCGGAAGGCGAAGCACAACGUCGCAUGUGGACGUGGACCGGCUGCGACUGCUCUUUCGCAGAGCACAAGCCAAGAAGAGUCCGCCUUUGAUCUUAAAGUACGGCCUGAAGCUUGGAAAGCGUUUGAGGAAGGAGAAACAGCAUGAGGAAGCAACAGACGUGCUCAGCGCCACCCUCUUGAAUCAGAUGGACAAUGUCGGAGAGGAUCACGCAGACACCGCGCUGGUGCUGGUGGCGCUUGGGGAUGUGUUCGAGGCCAAGGGCAACUACGCGCGUGCAGUGACGUACUUCAACAAAGCCUUGCCCAUUCAAGAAGCGCAGCUGGGCAAAGACCACGACACCACCACCAAAACGGCGCUCAAGUUGGCGUCCAUCCAGAGCCACCAGGAAGAAUACUACGACAAGGCCCUGGAAGCUUACAGAGAAGCAUUGCAGAUCAAGCUUGACAAUGUUGGCGAGCUGCAUCCAUCGACUGCCGUCACACUCAUUAAUCUCGGCCUCGUGUGCAAGCAACAAGGUGAUAUGCCACGGGCCCUGGAGUAUCUAACACAUGCGCUGACCAUUCGCUCGCGAGUGUUUGGCACAACCCACGUCGAAACAGCCGCAUGCAUCACACACCUCGCAGACCUCUACAGGGUGGAAGGGUCGUAUGACAAAGCACUUGAGUACUACAAGUGGUCGCUGUCCAUCCAGGAAGCGCACGAACGCCCGCGCCACCGCGCCAUCGCCGACUGCCUCUACAACAUCGCCCUCAUCCACAAGCACCUGCGUGCGUACAGCGACUCGCAGCAGGCGUUCACGCAGGCCGCACAGCACUUCACCAUUGCGCUCGGCGCUGACGAUGCAGAGACGUUGGACUGCGUUGCACAGGCGGAGCGCGCGCGAACACUGGCAGGACGUGAAACCCCACAGCAUCUAUCACAGGCAGACAACGAGGCGGAGACAGCCAUCUGACUCCUGCUUGUGUGUGUGUGUGGUGUGGUGUGUGUGUGUGUGUGGUGUGUGGUGUGUGUGUGUGUGUGUGU